AUGUAUUCCACGUUGACCUCUCGUUUCCUCCCUGCUCGGUGCAUUCCUGCUUCUAUACUUUUCAGUUUUUUCAACAACUGGUUUGCGGGAUCGAUUCCCUACUUCAUCGCCUCCCUGCCACAGCUCACCACACUCGGCCUCUUCUGCAACUACCUCACGGGCACCAUGCCCAUCCCCUCCACUUCCCUGGUCUCUCUGGACGUGGGCCUUAACUUCCUCUCGGGCUCCUUCCCCCAGCUCUCCCUCGCGGUCUGUGCGGCCGACCAGAACUGCUUCCUCAACUCCUCCUACUGCCGCACCUACGGCGUGCAGCAGCGCCCCGCCUCUGCCUGUGUCUUCUGCGGCACGACCGACGGGCAGGGGGUGCUGUGCGGUGGUGGAACUUGUGCUCCACUCAGCCAGGGAGUUGUCAACGUGCCCUCGCUGCCGCUGGUGCCCAUGGCUUGUCCGGGUCCUGUGCAGGGCAGCCGUACUACCCGUUCUCCCUUAUCAGCGAACCUGAACAGUUUGGCCCUCAAGGGCAGCCUGCCGGCUGACAUCACCAAGCUCACCACCUUCACCUACUUAUCCCUCAGAUCGAAUCUCCUCAGCGGUCGCUUGGAUGCCUUCCUCUCCGGCUUCAAGGGGUGUACAAAUCUACAGCAUAUUCUUCUCUCGUACAACUAUUUUUACGGCGAGGUCCCGUCAUUUGUCAAGGAUCUCCGCUUACUUAUUACUCUGGAUGUUAGGAAGAACUACCUCACUGGCACCAUCCCACCCCUGCCUAUGGCAACCCUGAAGUCUAUUAACUUCGAGAACAACUUCAUUUCAGACCUCCCUUCUCUCUCUUCUAGUUUCGAGUGCUACGGAACUCAAAACUGCCUCUCUAAUCCCUUCAUGUGCCGCCUUGGCGGAACCGUCCAGCGACCCGCUGCUCAGUGCGCCAUCUGCGGCACUACCAAUGCUGUAGCUCUGUGCUGGGGCGCCGGUGGGGAGUGCGUGCCCGCUUCUGCUUCUAACAUUGCAGCGGGCGUAGUAAACUCACGUUUACAGGCACUUGUGCCCCUUUCCUGCUCAGCACUGCUGGCCCUCAAGGCAUCGCUGGGCGUGACGUUCACGUCGUGGGCAGCAACUGUGCCGUGCCAGGUGGUUGGCAAGCAGCCUCCACUGCCCACGUGGUCCGGCGUGCUCUGUGAUGAAACCGAGGGAGUUCUCUACAUCUCAUUGGCGCAUCAGAGUUUGCAGGGGUCUAUUCAUUCAAGCAUCUCCAAGCUCACCGCGCUCACUUACCUCUUCCUGCACUACAACUGGUUUGCGGGAUCCAUUCCCUCCUUUAUUGCCUCCCUGCCCAAUCUCACCACACUAGGCCUCUUCUCCAACUACCUCACGGGCACCAUGCCCAUCACCUCCACCUCCCUGGUCGCCCUGGACGUGGGCCUUAACUACCUCUCGGGCUCCUUCCCCAAUCUCUCCCUCAAGAGCUGUUCGGCCGACCACAACUGCUUCCUCUCCUCCUCCUACUGCCGCUCCUCCGGUCUGCUGCAGCGCCCCGCCUCCGCCUGUGCCAUCUGUGGGUCUGCCGACGGCCAGGGGGAGCUGUGCUUUGGCCCUUUUUCUGGAUGA